UUUUAUCCCGAACCCUUCUCCCAACUUCUCAUCUCAAGCGGCCUUCUCCAUCCAACUCCUCCUCUCCUUCCAACUCCUCUCCGGUAAACCCCUCUCCGGCAAACCCCUCUCCGCGAACCACUCCUCCGAACUCCUCUCCGUCAAGACCACGGGAUUAAUCACCUUAUUCCUUCAACUCUUCAUUCCAUAAUCUCUUCGACUCCGUUGCCUCAUUCACGCUUCGUCAAGUGGCAGAUCCCGGUGCUGAGGCGAUCGACCACGACAGAUCGACCCAGCUCUUCACCUCCUUCGCCCCCGACGCUGAGGCAGUUUGACCACGGCAGAUCCCGGUGGCUUCUGGUAUGCUACUGUCUAACUCCUCUCCGGUGAACCCUCUCCGUGAACCUCUCGUCGGUGGUGAACCCCUCUUCGGUGAACCCCUCUUCGCCGAACGAUGCUCUACCAAAGCCGUGCGACAUUUUCUUUCCCUUUUUAUGUGGCAUUCAUCAUCCUCAGGUUGGAGGGUAAGCGCUUCUCGAAGCAUGGAGACUCAUCACUUGAUUUCACUGCAUCAAGGAAUCCCUCUUUCAAUCGUACUUUUUUGGGGAGGAAGUUAGUUGGUUACGAUCGUGAGAUUCUGAAACCCUCUUCUUUUUGUUUGUUUUCUCUGAUGUUUUGCUUUAAGAAGGUUUAUGCCCUAGCGAUUUCUUUCUUUGAACUUUUCCUCUUGAUGUCGUGGUCCGCCAUUGCUGCUGCUCUUGCUCUAAUUGUACUCGAUUUCCAGGAUGCCCGUCCUUCCCUCGAGAAGGUUUCCUAUUCAUUGUUACUGUUCUUUUGUGGGAUGUUCAUCACUGUUGAUGGCUUUAACAAGACUGGCUUACCAAGCGCUUUGUGGGAUUAUAUGGAACCCUAUGCGCGCAUCGACACUGCUAGUGGAGCUUUAGUCCUAACUGUUGUUAUUCUUUUUCUCUCAAAUGUUGCCUCCAACGUACCAACUGUCUUGUUACUUGGAGCUCGGGUGGCAGCUUCUGCUGCAGAAAUUUCUCCUGGUGAAGAGACCAAGGCAUGGCUCAUGUUGGCUUGGGUCAGCACAGUUGCAGGAAACUUGCCACUUCUGGGAUCUGCUGCCAAUUUGAUAGUAUGCAAACAGGCUCGCCGGUCUUAAUCUUUCGGCUACAACCUCUCUUUUCUCACCCAUUUGCGAUUCGGAUUCCCAUCGACAAUCAUUGUUACAGUUGCUGGGUUGCUGUUUAUGACAUGAGAAAUUAUAAGCCAUCAACCAAGAUUGUAGAGAUUCAAAGAAAUGAGAAAAAUGCAUGGAAGCAGCCGUGAUGAUAGGCA